AUGUCCUGCCUCGCCGCGCCGCCGGCGGCACCGCCAACGGGGGCACCGCGCAUGCUCCGCGCGGCCGGUCCUUUGCGCCCGCCUUCGCCGUGCCGAGGCUUGCAUUAUUACGCGGCGCGGGGGACGACGACGGGAGGGGGAGAAGCCGGCUGCGGUCGGCGGCCGCAGCUGGUGCUGCGGCGGUGCUCCCCAGCUGGCGAGUCCAGGGCGGCGUCCGGGGACGGCGGCCUCUCCAGCUUUUGUAUAAUUGAAGGUCCAGAGACAAUCGAGGACUUUGUUCAAAUGCAAUCGCAAGAGAUUGAAGACAACAUCAAGAGCCGACGUAACAAAAUUUUCCUUCUGAUGGAAGAGGUUAGACGAUUGCGAGUGCAGCAGCGUAUCCGAACUUCUGAAAGCAAAGAUGCCAACACUGAAGAAAAUGAAAUGCCUGAGAUUCCAUCAACUAUUCCAUUUAUGCCUGAUGCGUCACCAAAGACUAUGAAGCAACUCUAUAUGACAUCAUUUUCUGUCAUAUCUGGGAUAAUCAUUUUCGGAGGCUUGGUAGCCCCAGUACUUGAACUGAAAUUAGGGCUGGGUGGCACAUCUUAUGAAGAUUUUAUAAGGACCUUGCACUUACCUCUUCAAUUGAGUCAGGUAGAUCCCAUAGUGGCAUCAUUUUCAGGUGGAGCAGUUGGUGUUAUCUCAGCUUUAAUGUUGGUUGAAGUGAGAAAUGUCAGGCAGCAAGAGAAGAAAAGAUGCACAUAUUGCCAUGGGACUGGAUACUUGCCAUGUGCUCGCUGUUCUGCUAGUGGGAUGUUAUUGAACACAAAGCACUUUUCAUUAUUGGGGCAUAAUAUGUGGUCAAUGAAAGGAAGGUGUCAGAAUUGUUCUGGAGCUGGAAAGGAUGUCGUCCCCUUGGGCCCUAUCGCCGGAGGGAUGGACAUUGGCAGUGAUGGUGACGAUGGUCCUGAGCAAUUGGCAGCUGGGGCAACCUCGGAAGGUGGGUCUACUCGGAUUCCUACGUCCCGUGCUGUUACACCAACCCCCAAGCCUGGCUUGGGGACGCAACAGAAGGAGGUAACCGGAGGAGCAUCUGGUGACGAGACUGCACCCAAGGAGGUGCCAGCCCCCAAGGCUGCUCGGGUGGUUGAGAAGAGGCAGACCCGAUCACAUGGGAGUGUGGAAGAACUUAAGCUUUCUCCCCCUAAAAUGAGUCGAGCCAUCUGGAUAGCCUUGAACGUGUUCGGGAGGAACGCCAAAACUUUCGAAGGCUCGAGAAAGACUGUAGCUGAAGAGCCUGGUGCUACCCCGACCCCUGAGGUUUUGAACAUGGCUCUAACGACCACUGUCCAGGUCAAAGGGGACGAGACUAUACUCCUAGAGAGAAACCCCUCUCGACUGCGUGCCCAUUUCCAAGAGAUGCAAGGCUUCUGUGAUCUUUGGGAAGGAGAUCUCAAAAGAGCCGAGCAGUCUGACUUAGACAAUGUUAAGCUGCAGCAGGAGAGGGAGAAGACGACUUUGAAACAUCAAGCUGAGGAGUUGCAAAAGAAGCUUGAGGCUGCCGAGGAGCGUCGGGCUGCUGUUGAGGAGAAGCUGACCGAGGGAGAUGUCACUGCUGUUGAGCACGUGGUGGGAGUCAUCAAGAGCCGCCGGCUUGAUUUUGACCCGAGCCUCAUACUGCAAGGUUACAAUUGCAGUCAGGCGGAAGAUGCUCAACAGUUACUUGAUGGAAUCCGCCCCACAGCCGAGCCUUUGUUGAGAGACUCGGUUUCUCCAUUGAUGACGAUGAUGAUGAAAAUGGUCGAGCACUCUGUCAAAUGCAAUGGACCCUCUCAUUAUAUGUACUUCGGUAUUAAUGAGCAUUUUAAUCAGUUUGAGGUCAAGAACUUCGUCAAGUCUUUGGACCCUCAUAAGAUUGAGUGCUUCGAAAUGUACUUUGGCCUCUUUUGA